AUGCCCAAGUGAAUUCACUGUCUUGAAGAAGUUGAAAAGUUGUGGAUCAAGAACAAAUAUGAACUUUAUAUUCUACAGAAGUGAGAUAAAUGAGGAGAAAUUGCUGAUAAAUACAUCGAGUACACAUUUUUUUUAGUGCUGAUGAACCUUAUUCUGGUCGACAUCCCGGCAUAUAGGCACUGCUUGUAUAACCGAUGGGUAAAUGACGAUCAAAAUGAAGCAUAAAGGAAUUUUAGUUGGUAUCAAUUAGGAAGUUGAUUUAAGUCAUGAAAGUUUGCGAGAAUAAGACUUUUUGAUAUAUUUUACCUUGCAUUCUCUAGAGAAUGGAAUAAACAAGUGAUAGGUAAAAUCAACGAUUCCUAAAUUAAACAACCAACUUCCUAAAAUAAUGAUUAAAAACCACACAACUCUCCCAACCUCCCAUAAUCCCCUUCAC